AUGGUGGGAUUUAAAGAUGUCACGAGAGAAGAAGAAGUUGAAUAUGCAUGGGGGAAAAUUAGCCAACAAACUUUUCAAAGUUCAAAAGAAAAGAAGAAAGUGAUUUCAAUUACAGAAAAUGCCAAUAUUUUCAAUCAUAUAACUAUUAUUAGCAAUGGAGAAGCCAUACCGAUUUAUAAAUAUGCGGAUGGUGAAGUGCUGGUACGUUGCAUCUAUCAUAAAGGUAAUGGUUCUCAUUUUAUGACAUGCAGAGGAUCAUUUGGAUGUAGGGGGAGCGUUGAGUGUAUAAGUAAUCAAGCAACGGUUUAUACAGAGAGUUUGAUCUCUCCAAAAUCAAUUACUCCCCCUCCAUAUUGUCUGACAUAUAAUCCUUUUGUCCGUCCCAGAAAGAAUGUCACUUUAUGAAAGAUGAAAAAAAUAUGUGACUUGAAUAUUCCUUUUUUACCCUUAUGUAUGACUGUGAGAUACUCUUUUCUUUUAUUCGAAGUAUGAUGUAACCUCGUC